AUGUUCAACGUCCGUGUCUCUCUGGUCUCUUUAGCGUUGUUGGUGUCCUUCGUAACCACCCAGUCUACGGUCGACACAAAUACAGCAGCGAAGGCCGCAGGGAAACUCUAUUUUGGAAGUGCCACCGACAUUCCCCAGCUGUCGGAUUCUGCUUAUGUGCAAACCCUGAGCAACAACAAGCUCUUUGGGCAGAUCACACCAGGAAACUCCAUGAAAUGGGAUGCAACGGAACCUUCACGUGGAACUUUCACAUUCACUAAUGCUGACCGGAUCGCCAAUCUUGCCAAGGCGAACAGUCAGCUCCUCCGAGGUGACGACUUAGCUCGAUUUUCUCCUACCUUUGAUUUAUUGGAAGAUAGGUCACAAUUGCGUUUGGCAUAA